CAACCAAGCAUUCAUGGCUCUGGAGGGACGGCUUCUUGACAAAGAGCGCAAGACCAAACAUGAGAAACCAGGCCACUGGUUUGGCACGAGUACCCCCAUCAUCGGACGAGGGGUGAUGCUGGCGGUGAAAGAAGGACGUGUGGUCACAGGGGUCUCCAGCAUGGCCAGCGAUGACAGCAGGAAGGUGGCUCUGGUGCUCAAUAACGCCAUCUACUUAGACGGGACGCACUACACGCAGGAUGGCCGUGACUGUCAUUUCUUCGUGAAGAUCGGCUCAGCUGACAGUGACCUUCUAGCUUUGGGACUCACCAAUGGACGCAAGGCGCUGGAAAGUGGGAUCAAUGUGACGGUAAGCGGUCGCUCACGAAGAGGGGUCACCGUUGAGUUCCGGGUUCCGACGCUUUCUCUGAGCGUGCGCUAUGGGUUGGCAUCGGACGUCCUGGAUGAGGAGAGAGCUCGGCUGUUGGAGUUGGCACGGCAGCGGGCGCUAUCGGGAGCCUGGCUGCGAGAGCAGCAGCGGGCGCGGGAUAAUAAGGAGGGAAGCCGCUUGUGGACUGAAGGAGAGAGACAGCAGCUCCUUUCAACAGGGAAAGUGCAGGGGUACGACGGGUACUACAUUUUACCCGUGGAACAG